GGCGCCGCCAUGAGCGCGGCCCGGCCCGGCCUGAGGCGGCUGCGCUCGGCCGCGGGCAGCGGCGGGAGCCAGACCCAGGGCCGGCCCGGCGUCCCACGGCGGAGCAGGAGGAGGAAGAGCCUGGCCAUCGCCUAUGAAGCGGGGCAGGGCGAGGGGGCCGAGCCCCGGCGGGCGCGCUGGGAGCCGCCGCACUGGCGGGAGCAGCUGCAGCGCAUCCGGGACAUGAGGAGCAGCAGGGAUGCUCCCGUGGAUGAGAUGGGAGUGCAGACGUGCUACGACAGCAGUGCACCUCCAGAGGUGAUGCGCUACCAGGUGCUGCUGGCCCUGAUGCUAUCCAGCCAGACCAAGGACCAGGUGACGAGCGCUGCCAUGCUGCGCCUGCGCCGGCGCGGCCUCAGCGUGGACAGCGUGCUGCAGAUGGAUGAUGAGACCCUGGGCCAGAUCAUUUAUCCCGUGGGCUUCUGGAGGAACAAGGUGAAGUACAUCAAGCAGACCACAGCCAUCCUGAAGCAGAAGUACGGGGGUGACAUCCCCAGCACUGUGGAGGAGCUGGUGCAGCUGCCAGGAGUUGGGCCCAAAAUGGCCCAUUUGGCCAUGCACAUUGCCUGGGACAGCGUGGCUGGCAUAGGUGUGCCUGCCCCACCUAAAGUCUGGGCUCUCCCUCCCCAGCUGUGGACACCCACGUGCACAGGAUCUCCAACAGGCUCAAGUGGGUGAAGAAGGAGACCAAGAGCCCCGAGGAGACUCGGGUGGCACUGGAGGAGUGGCUGCCCAGGGAACUCUGGAAGGAGAUCAACUGGCUCCUGGUGGGCUUUGGGCAGCAGACCUGCCUGCCUGUGAAGCCUCGCUGCAGCCAGUGCCUCAACCAAGACAUCUGCCCGGCUGCCAAGAGACUCUGAGCCAUCACCCAGCUCCAGGGAACAGCCACUGGCAAUGGCUCGGCUCUCCAGAGGAAAAAGGGGCUUUGAGAGGCAGCAAUCCUGCUGGGACACAGCUGAAGGCUCCAGCCUGGGUGAAUGGCUGAGCACGGCCCGGCUGUGCCACACUGAGUCACUGCAGAGAAAAGCUUUGUCCUCGGGGACUUGCUGCUGCUUGUAAAUACUCGUUUAAUAAAGGUGGUGAGGGGUUUUUUGCA